CAUGAAACAUGUUGCCGCAGGUUAGUAUAUCCUUAAAGAGUGUGUGUGUGUGUGUUAGUAGUAGUAAGAAGAGGAAGGUGUUGUUUUGUUUUUGUUGAAAGAAGGAAUCUUUUUCAAGGUGGAAAAAUGAGGUGAAGUGUUGGUGGGUUUUGCUCAGAUUUCUUCAUUGUGUUCAAGGUUUGAAUGGUAGUUCAUGGCUUAUGCUGCAUUUGAAGAUUACUUGGAUUUUUAGGGGGAUCACAUUCUGAUUAGUGAUUUUGGGAGGAAACUGGACAUGAGUAUGCUGGUGGGGAUAUGCUCGAACCGCGUGAAUCUGAUAUUCCUGUCCUGUUUCUGGUCUUGGUUGUACUCCCUUUGGUGGCUUACGUCUUACUUGGAAAAUGGAGUGAGACUGCCACGAAGAGAAAUCGGAUAACUUUGCUUGCUCAAUUGGCUGCUGAAGAAGCCUUUAAAGCCGAACAAAAAAUGGCUGUUGCUGAUGUAAUUCCCCCUCAACCUCAAGUCUUUUAUUUUCCUAAGAAUAACGAAUCUCAUCAUGAGUGUGCUCGGUGUUCUGCUCCCGCUAAAACUCGCUGCUCCAGAUGCAAGUUUGUUAGAUACUGCUCUGGGAAUUGUCAAAUAAUCCAUUGGAGGCAAAUUCACAAACAAGAGUGCCAGCCAUUGGAAACUCAUGAAUCAAGCUCGUUUCCUCUGCCUUUUCCGGUUGAGGAGUUUGGUCAUGGAAGUCCCUUUUACGAAAAUUUAAACAAUCCCUAUUUUGGUUGCAAUUUGAACCAGACUUUAAGGGUGAGAGAGCCUUCGGACAAUUUGGUUCACCCGAUGACAGGCACUGCCGCAGCUUCUGCUACAGCUGAUAUUUCUCUUUUUAAUAAUUCUCAACCUUCCACUUUGGAGAGAAGAGCUUCCCAUAAGUCCAACCGAGAAUCACGGCGAAGAGAUAGUGGCUCUUUUUAUGAAUCUUCUGAUUAUAAAGCUUCCACUUCUCAGGAGACGUUUAUGAGACAAAAGUCGAGAAAUAGCAGUGAUGAGUCUGUGUUGGAGGAAGAAACUUCGAAGGUCAAUUCAAGAGGCUUUGGAGUUUAUGCUUAUGAACAAGAUGGUUUGCGAAAUAUGCACGAGGACGAGAACUAUCAAAGUCAACAUGAAAAUGCAUUUGCACAAAGAAACAAAUAUGGAUGCUCUACUGUUUCGAGUGCUUCAAACAACGAUGAAGGUGUAGAUGAAUUUGAAACAAACAUCAUUACCAAAGGAGGAAAUGUAGUCAGAGAGGUAAACGUAAACCAUCAUUCUGAUGAAGUAAUCCAAAACAAAUGCUCUCCUGAAUUGACGACAGUUAAAGGAAGUGCAAAGGCUAAAAAGCCGUCACAUUCUUCGUCAAAGGUCAAAUGUUCUAAAUCACCGAAGUCAACAUCAAAGACGACAAUAGACUUAAGCGGCGUGGAAAUAGAGAAGAAAGGGAAAACUCCAGAUGAGCCGAAAGUUUCUGGAAGCAGAGGUACUGUCCCUUCGCAUGCUGUCAACGGAAUUACAAGCACUGGGCUCAUGAAAAUGAUGGGUUUAAGGAAAUCAACCAAACACACUGUACUAGCCUCCUCAGAAGGCGGUGGAGUAAGGUCUAAAAAGGCAAAGAGUAUAAGGAUGUUGUUUCCUUAUGAUGAAUUUGUGAAGAUUUUCCAGAGUGAAGUCUUUGGCAUAUUCCCCAGGGGCCUUCUGAAUACUGGAAAUAGUUGCUAUGCCAAUGCUGUGUUGCAGUGCUUAACUUCUACCAAGCCUCUCGUCGUAUAUUUGCUUUAUGGAUCGCAUUCGAAAUCCUGUUGUGCUAAAGAUUGGUGUCUCAUGUGUGAGUUAGAGCAGCAUAUGAUGAUUUUGAGAGAGAAUGGGGCUCCUCUUUCUCCGAGUCGGAUACUUUGGCACAUGCGGAGCAUUAAUUGCCACAUGGGCGAUGGAAGUCAGGAAGAUGCUCACGAGUUUUUAAGGCUUCUCGUUGCAUCAAUGCAAUCUAUAUGUUUGGAGGGGCUUGGCGGUGAGAAAAGGGUUGAUCCUAGAUUACAAGAAACAACUUUCAUACAACAUACUUUUAGUGGCCGUCUUCAAUCCAAGGUUAAGUGUUUGAAUUGUAGUCAUGAGUCCGAAAGGUAUGAGAACAUAAUGGACUUAACGUUGGAGAUAUUGGGUUGGGUUGAGUCACUCGAAGAUGCACUGACUCAGUUUACCUCCCCUGAAGAUUUGGAUGGAGAAAACAUGUAUAGAUGUGGAAGGUGCACUGCAUAUGUUCGAGCUAGAAAGCAACUGAGCAUACACGAGGCCCCUAACAUCUUGACCAUUGUUUUAAAGAGGUUUCAGGAAGGAAGAUACGGGAAAAUUAACAAGUGUAUAACGUUUCCAGAAAUGCUAGAUAUGAUUCCUUUCAUGACUGGGACGGGCGAUAUUCCUCCACUAUACGUGCUUUAUGCCGUUGUCGUGCACCUUGACACACUGAAUGCAUCUUUCUCUGGACAUUAUGUUUCGUACGUGAAAGAUCUCCAAGGCAAUUGGUUCAGGAUAGAUGAUACCGAGGUUCAGCCAGUUUUAGUCAAUCAGGUAAUGUCAGAAGGCGCAUACAUCUUAUUCUACACAAGGUCCUGUCCCCGUCCUCCGGUAGAAUUAACCGGGAAACCCGUACAUCAAUCAGUGCCCGAUACCUCAAAGCUCCAUCCAUCAGAAACACAGAAACCUUCUAAACCAGGACAUAGCCGACACGUCAGCCAAAGUUUCAUCUCCGAGCCUUCACCGAAUACCAGGCCAGAAACCACGACUGCUCACCUCAUCGACACCUCUAACGGCCUUCUUAAAAGAAGCACAAAUAGAAACGUCCAUCCAGUAAUACAAACUUACGCCGAAAACGUCAGGCACGAGUUCUCAGAUGCGACCACAUCGAGCGACUGGUCCAUUUUCACAAGCUCAGACGAGGCUUCUUUCACAACCGAGAGUACCAGGGACUCCUUCAGCACUGUAGACUACGGCGAUUCCUCUUCCAUCAUGGAUCCAAUUUCAUCUCUCUUCAAUUACACACCAGAAAACAACUAUAUGAAGAUUUCACAUACUAGGCCACUAACAAGGUUCUUCCCUAAGAAAGGCCACAUUGAAAGAGUGCAGAAAACAACUAUAUGGGAAUCCUAAUUCCUAACUGGUUGAGUAUGAUUAGAAUGGAGUAGGUGCUAUGCCUCAAAAUUUUCAAUAUUUAGUUGAUUGAGGCAUAUACUAGUAGCUAUUUUAAGCACAUAUGUAUUUUAUUUUUUUAAUUUUAAUUGAUAAUUGUAAAGAUGACAGUAGCAGUGUUCCUCUGAUUAUCUAUGCCUCAAAGUUACGCACUCAUUGCGGUCGCCGCAUAUCGGAAAUGUGAGUUGUCUGAUCUCUAUCUAACGGCUAAUAUUGGCCGACUGCAAUAGUUGCGUUAUUAUGCGGCUGUAAUGAAUCCAGGUCCAUAAGUAAAUUGUUUUUGAGAUU